UUACUAUAAAYUGCAUACCACUGGCUGUAAAAUCAUACUCUUAAAGACAAGCUCCGAUGUGAACCAUCUUGUUUGUAUAUAGCAUCUUUGUGAGAAGCAGGUUUACACAGUACAGUUUGUCCUCAGCAGAACACUUCUCUUUUUGCUAGUCCAACCAGAUGUUUCAUUCAUUGUUUCUCAACAGCACUGUUACAGCUGCUGUGGGAUGAAUAGUUUAAGCUGGUGGCCAGCUGUCACAUUGCUGUCAGGUACAGCAGAUGAACGGAAAUGUCAUUUAAGCUGCCUGCUCCUGCCGCUGUUGAUCCGCGGCUAGCCUAGCCACCGACAGUUAGCUCAGCUGUGUCGCUAAAACGCCCAGAGAUGAAGUUAAGCUAACAGUAAAACACAACUCUGAACACAACAAAAUCAACAAUAACAACGUCAACUUUGACUGUCGAGUCUUUUGGGAAAUUCUCGAUUCCCAUGCGGACUUUGUCGACUUUUUUGUUGUCACCAUUCGGAGAGACCAGUGACCGUCCCCGCUGCACGUUCAGCCGAGGAGGACCGACGAUGUUACGGUUCAGCACAUCACGCCUACUCGGAAGAGGGCAAACUUUGCUCCCUGACACGUUUAAGAGGAUUUGCAUAAACAUGUCGUCCUCCUCGGGUAAGAGACUGCGAGUUCUAGUUGACAUGGACGGGGUUCUGGCGGACUUCGAGGGGGGCUUCCUGAAGAAGUACCGAACCAGGUACCCGGAGGAGCCCUUCAUCACUUUGGACGACAGGAGGGGCUUUUGGGUGUCAACGCAGUACGGACAGCUGAGGAGCGACUUGUGUGAGAAAGCCAUCAGUAUCUGGGAGUCCAAAGGCUUCUUCAUAGACCUGGAGCCUCUGCCUGGAGGAGUGGAGGCGGUGAAAGAGAUGGCCAGGAUGGAUGAGUAAGUCCUGAAGAUGUGCUGCGCUCAGUAGAUAAACAAGAAGUUUGGCUGCUGCUGACCUGAAAAAAAAUACGCUUGGGUGGAGAAACAUCUGGGCCAUGACUUUCUGGAUCAGGUCAUCCUCACCAGAGACAAGACACUAAUCACCGGUGAUAUCCUCAUAGAUGACAAGCCUGACAUUCAAGGCGUGGAGUACAAUCCAGCGUGGGAACACAUCCUGUUCACGGCCUGCCACAACAAGCACCAGUCCAUCGAGUCCAGUCAGAGACGACUCCUGUCCUGGUMUGACGACUGGAGGACCAUCCUGGACAGCAAAAGGCAGCGAGGACCUGAGGAUGAAACCUCAGCAGCGUCCCGGUCAGCUGACAGUAUGGACGCAUGAGCUUGUGUUUUUACAUCAACCAGUAGCUCGGAGAAAACCUUCAGUAUUUUUACCACAAGAGGGCAGUGUGUCACCAUGUGUGGAUCUGUGUUGACACUUUCAUUAAAGCUGAAUAUUUGCAUGGUAAGUUUAAAAAAAAAAGGGGGAAAAGUGCAAGCUGCUUUGAUUUCACAUGCAAACGUCUUUCUUUUUGUUUCUAAAUGUGGACAUUUGAAGCCCGUUUUAUUUUUGAGACGCUGGAGUGUUUUUUUUUUUUUUCUACAGCCUUCACCACAAAAGGCCAGUUGCAUAAAUGUGUCAAUGCACUGUGAUUCAACAUCAGACCGCACAACUACUCAGAAACACGAAUGAAAAUAAGCUCAUGGAGUCGUAGGUGUUGGCGAUUGUUGCAUAAGACUGUGACCUAGACUUAUGGACACUGUAGCUGUUUUCACCAGAUGUUAUUUAAAUGAAUGAAACACCACUGUAAUGUUAAUGCUCAAACAUCUGCAGGACAGUUUGCUCGGGUUUUAUUGAUUUCAAACAGAUACUUUGGUGCUUUUUUUUUAGAUGUCACCCUUCAUUUUACAAAGAUCUAUGCAUCUUAUUUACUUAAACACGCAUGUUGCCAAAACACCACUAACUUAGAUUCAAAUAUUCACUUUAUAAAUAUUAUAAAAAUGUAUAUUUUGGUUUAAUUUAGAAGUUUUCCUAUUGAACCCUCCUGCUGCCCUUGGGUCAAAAUGACCCACAACAGAUAUUUCACACUACUUUGUAAAAGUAGUUUAUGGAAAUGAUUUAGCUUAUUUAUAGAUGUCAUGUCUUAAUAGAUUUACUAAGUUAAUUUUGAGARAUGUUUUUACAGUUUACAUGCACAUGUCACAACUGAUCAACUGUUCAACAGAUGUACAAUUCGAGACCUAUCGAGAUAUUAAAUUGUAUUUAUUUUAGCAUGUCACUUUAAGGGUAAACAGGGUUUAUACAAGUUUUACAAGUUUUUUUUUUUGUCAUUUUUACGACAAAAUGACCAACAGCUGUUUUGUCAGAGGAUUUUAGCAGGUUUUCAAAGCAACAUUUUUUUGAGUUUAGUUUUUGUAUGUCAUGAAUGCACCUUCAGUGUGGAGUUUUUGUUUUGCUGUUUUUAUUGUGCUUUUGAACUUGUCCUGAAAAUGUUCUCAGUGCUUAAACGGUUGUUUUGUGCCCGUUUUAAUGUGCAAAGUAAAAAUAAUUCUGUCCCUGAAUGCUGUUAUUUUCACAAUAAUUAAACAGCAAU